GUCGUCAUUAUUCCGCGCCGGAAGACCCUGUCAUCGGGAUCCCUUUUUUCCCCGGAACCGUGGAAUCCCGGGCUAUGAAUCGCAAGCGACAACUCCUAGCGUCGGAGGCCUUCGGAGUGAAGCGGCGGCGGGCGCCGGGGCCCGUGAGAGCGGAUCCUCUGAGGGCGGGCGCAGGGUCCGCGCGCGAGGCGGUCCGGGAGCUCGUCCAGCUGUUCCCCCGCGGGCUGUUCGAGGACGCGCUGCCGCCCAUCGCGCUGAGGAGCCAGGUGUACAGUCUCCUGCCGGACCGCACGGUGGCCGACUUGCAGCUGAAGGAGCUUCAAGAGCGGGGAGAGAUCAAGGUCAUCCAGCUAGGCUUUGACUUGGACGCCCAUGGAAUUAUCUUCACUGAAGACUACAGGACCAGAGUCCUCAAGGCCUGUGAUGGCCGGCCAUGUGCCGGGGCGGUGCAGAAGUUCCUGGCCUCGGUGCUCCCAGCCUGUGGGGACCUUAGUUUCCAGCAGGACCAGAUGACACAGACGUAUGGCUUCAGGGAUCCGGAGAUCACGCACCUGGUGAAUGCUGGUGUCCUCACCGUCCGAGAUGCUGGGAGCUGGUGGCUGGCUGUGCCUGGAGCUGGGAGGUUCAUUAAGUGCUUUGUUAAAGGGCGCCAGGCUGUACUCAGCAUGGUACGGAAGGCCAAGUACCGGGAGCUUCUUCUCUCGGAGCUCCUGGGCCGUAGGCCCCCGUCAGCAGUGCGGCUCGGCCUUGCCUACCAUGUGCACGACCUCAUCGGAGCCCAGCUGGUGGACUGUGUUCCCACCAGUUCUGGAACCCUCCUUCGCCUGCCAGAUACGUGAGGAGUCGGCUCUUGGACUCUUCUGCUCACUGAGUGGGGUUCCUGGAAGCGCUGCCCGGGGUGGCUGAGCGGGUCACCAGGAUGGGCGCCAGGCUCCUGAGCUGGGCUGUGUGCACAGCAGCUCUGCGCUUCUGUGGGUGGGGAGCCAGGAGCCGUGCCAAGGGCAUGGGAAGGUGGGGUUGCCGGGGAUACUGGUGAAGGGAGCAGAAAGCUCUGCCCUCUGUGUCGAUUGAAACUGCCAAAUAAAACAGUGUGCCUGUGCUU